CGUCGUCGUCGCCGUUCGUGGACGUCAGUAGAGAUGCCGCGUCCGCGUAUACGGUAUAUCGACGGUGUCAGUUAGCCCGUGGGGUAGCUUCGGGGUGGAUCCAGCCGAAAGUACGGCGAGUGGGGCGCGUCAGAACGCGGGGGACGUUCGCGCUAGCGACGGUGCGUCCUCGACUUCCGCUUAGCCCGUUCGAAUCGCGUUCAAUUAACACGGAUCGAACUCGUGCGUUCGCGAUACGUUUCGAUCGGGGAGAACGUGCCUCGAGGCUCACGAUUUCGUCCUGCCUGAUUUUUAAUCGAACACAGGAUUCGUCGGGGGUGAGAUGAGAGACGAGAAUGCCAGAGGACGCGUGCAGGAAGCCGUACCAGACGAAAGGCCCGCGAACACAAAGGUCGAUGCCCGGAAGAUGAAGGAAACGAAGGAACAUCCGUGAAAUGGAAAAGCUCGCGUUCUGACCCCAGACAAACGUUCAAACGUUCCCAGAAGAGGCUCAGUAACGUUCAACGAUGAAUCGAGAAAACGAGGAACAGCGACCAGUCGCUCAAACUGUUUGCGGAGCUUUGCAAAAGGAACCGAAUUGCAAGUGCUUGAUACUUUCGGUGUUAAUAUACGGAUGCCUCGCCGCAGUGACGUGGUGUAAAUGCGCGAAUGUUGCCAAGAUCGAAAUAAACUUUAUGAGGUUCCCGAUUAGAGGCACGAGACUAGUGUCUCCCUGCGAUGAUGGAUACAUUUACAUCCCCGUGGCAUUCAUGGGAAUGCUGUAUCUGGUUUACCUCGUGGAGUGUUAUCACUCGCCUAUUAGAAUCGAUCUGUUACACGCGGAGAGUCAAGAUAGCGUGUUAUCGAAGCUGUUGUUGCUGAAGUCCGCCCAGCCGACGAUUUGGUGGAAGGCCGUCUCCUACCACUACGUGCGCAGAAAACGACAAAUUACCCGGUACAGAAACGGAGACAAUUACACUACGACGCAGGUAUACUACGAGCGAAUAAACACCCACGCCGCGACGUCCUUCUACUACUACGACUACUGCGGCGUGAAGGAUAUCAGCAAGGACCUGAUCCUGGACCCGAAAGUGCCCAUAACGAAGAUCAAUCUCACCAAAGGGUUCGCGUUCUCCAACAUGAGAUCAGCGACGGAGUUCGAGGACGCUAGGUCACGUUUCUUCGCCGAGCAAGAGCUGAGGGACGACUAUAUGGAGAUGAGGGAGGGCCUCGAUCUUGGAUACAAUCCCAACCCAACGACCCUGGUGGCUGUCCUUGGGAACCCAUGGUUCACGAAUCGAUACGUGUACUGGUGCCUCAGUGCUUUGUUGCUCAGCUGGCCCCUGAGGGUGAUUAUCGAAUACAAGACGCAGUAUGCUGACUAUCAGAUCACGAAGCUGUUCGGCAUCAACUACGACACUCCAAGCGGAAGCGAGCCGAUCCACGCGUCCAUGAGCCAGCAAACCAUCAACCAAGCUGGAUCGUACAUGCUGGCGCCCAGUUACAGCGAGGCUCUCCUGAUGGAUCCAGUGCCCGACCAACGACCACCCGAAUCUCAGGAAGAGACCAUAACGGAAAUGGUGCCGAGUUACUCCGAGGCGUUGCUCUAUCAGCGAGCAGAGCAAGGCUACACCGCGAACGAGGACGUCAGUUUUAUCAGCGAGGACUCUAAUCGUCGAUAUGACACGUCUCACGAAUGUUCAUGUCCUUGUCACUCCUCCACGACCGAAACGAGGACACCAGAGGAGUUUUCCAGACAGGAUGAACAGUCGAUCGACGCCACCAGACAACCGUUGAUAGAAACAACUAUCGAUAUCUACCAACCCUGUACGUCUGUCAGUCAAACAGAGACAGGAAGGUGCGGAAGUUGUGGGAAGUUCUUGGUUGAGGCGCAGUUGGAGAACGAAUCCAACAGAGUGGAGCCCGUUACCAGUUCUAUGGAAGCGAUUAGGAGCGUUAGAAGAGGAAUCAUCCCGAGGGACGUUUCCGAGCCGAAUCUCAGAUGUCGAUCGGAGCUGAUGGAAGGCGACACGAGGUUCCUUCGAUUGAACGGACAGAGUUUGUGGAAUAUCUUGGAGAACGAUCAAGAGGAAGAGCUGAAUAGCGAUGACAGGGCGAGGGAGCCUUGUCAGAACACGGUGAACGUUCCUGUGAAGGAAUUCAGGUUCUCCCUGUGCUCCCUGGAUGAUUCGAGGUCCAGAGAGACCGUCGAUGUAAGCAGAGGCGCCAUACCCAAGAGAACCGUUAGUCGAAGCAGAGUGAUCGCGAAUCCAAUGUCUGAUGAGACUUGCACUCUACCGAAUUCAAAGACCUACUUCUGUCUCAAGUCGAUUCUCAAGCAGAACAAACGUAGGUACACUCUGAUCACCGCGAAGGAGCUUCAGAACAUGUCUAAUCGAGAGGAUGGGGACAUGGAGGAUCGCUGCGGGGCCAGGGCGUCGUACCACGAGGGUUGCUCGGCUGCUUAUCCAUCGACGAGUGGGGGAAGAUCUAACUUGUUCUCGCGAUCCAGAGAGAGCUUAGACAGCGCGCUUGGUAGGAGGAAGAAGCAAUUGCUGAAGUGUUUGUCCACUGACCAGAACGAGGAUCCUGCAGGCUCUAAACGCGAGAGUAACAGGACCCUGAUCUUCGCCAGUCCAAUUCAGGAAGUCUGUCCUGGGGAUCCGUUCGGAGGCAAGGACGUGAUCCGUACCAGACAAGUGGUCGAUUCCACCCCCACAGAAGAAUCACCGAGCCACACAGUGCUGACCCAGCUCGGACGAUCCUUGACCUGCGAUCGAAAAGUGUCACGACGUCGCUUCCAGGAGUCCCGCAGACAACGUUACUCGGACACUUCUCACCCAUCCUCUUUCUCAUGUCCACCCGAUCGUCAGCAUUCCUAUCCCUACGCGUUCUCAGCGUCCAUGGACGCCGUGGACGGCAUCGACUUCGCCAAGAGCCAGACGUCCUCCCACGUCUACCAACACGGCAACUCCUUUCCUCCUUACGAAGGCUCCACUUGCAACGGGAAGUUCCCCGAUCCGCCGAUCGUCGAUCGCGUCUCCGAAAGCUCUUCCAAGUCGCCCACCAGAGAGCUGACUCGUUCGCUGACCGAGAGACGAACGAAGCCUGCACGAAACGAGUCCGGUCUACGUCGAAGCUUCACGGGCAGGGUCGAGGACUACCGAGCUGAGAACAGCAAAUGGCCAAACCUGAACAUGGAGACCUCGUUAUAACGAAGGGACGCUCACGGACCCAGUCUAACGUAAUUGUAAAUAUCCGUCCUUACGAUUUUCACGGUUCAAGAAUCUGUACAUACGGCGUAAAUACGAAUCACUAGCAUCGAGCGGGGCUAUUGCCUCGCUGAACGUGCCGCCUUUUGCUUAACGCGUACAUUUCGACGGUAGGAAUGAGCCAUAGAAGCACUGAUGUCUUUUGAUUGCUGUAGCGGUGAGUACUUGGGGAGCUGAUAGGUGAAGUAGUUGGUCAGAAUUGUUUGGUGACGAGAAUACUACCCUUGGCUGAUGCUUCUGACAAUGGUAGAUGCUGUGAGGACACUUAGGAUAUCUUUAGUAGGAUACCUACUCCAUCGUGUCCUCGUGAAAUCUUCGGUAGACUUCCCAAUAUCCUUGAAGUGAAGUAGUUGAUUAGGAUUGUUUGGUGACGAGAGUACUACUCUUGGUUGAUGUCUCUGACAAUGGUAGAUGCUCUGAGGGCACCUAAGACACGUCCGAUAGGAUACCUUCUCCAUCGUGUCCUCGUUGAAGCCUUCAAUAGACUUCUGAAUAACCCUGAGGCAAGGCCUGCUGGGUAGAUUUACAUAGUGAGUCCACUAGUAGCUCGGUAGCUCCAUAACGAUCGUUCUCCAUACUCCAGUGUCUAAUGCAAGGCCACACAGGUAGCCUUAUGAGUCGAACGAGUCCAAUAAAAAGUCCAUUUUUCUCCUGGCCUCGAUCUAGGACCCUACAUAUGAGCCGUUCGGUGCACAAAUCGAUUAGCUCCAUAAAACAAAAGGUUAAGGCCAAUCGCACACGGCGCAACCGAUUUGAAAUUAGUGUUGCAAACCGUUUGCGCUCUUUGUUUUACCUACUGAAGAAUUGAAUCCAUGGUCGCAUGCAACUAGUUUCAGAAUGGUUCGAAACUGAUCGGUUGCGCUCGUGUGCGAUCAGCCUAAGAAAUACGAUGAAAUAUAAAAAGUUACGGCUAUACCAAAUGCUUUGACACUUAAAUUCCAGAUUUUUCAAAAAGUUGAGUUAAUCGAUUUGUGCAUUGAACGGUUCAUAUAGUCCUCCAUAUCCCAGUGUCUAAGUCAAGGCCAUAAGUAGCCUUGAGUCCAGUUGAAGUUUCCUUCCCCUGUCCUGGCACAUCGCCAGAGUCUGCAAUUAAGAAGAGCGCUUCGCCAAACAAACUUGACUAAUUGAUCCAUCUGCCAGCUGCACAAUCGCUCAUCCCAACGGUAAAUUGUCGUUUAGAAUCAUCCGUUACCGGACGGAGAGAGUACGAGCGUCUGAGACGCUAUCGAUGUUGCCAAUGGAAAUUAUCGUGUGCCCCGUUUAGGGAUGUUGACUCUCUAAAGAGUCCAUUGUACCUCAGACUCGGUUUCGUUCGAUUGCGGAUGAAAUUUCACGCGAGCAAUUGAUUCGGCGUCAAUUACGCGCACAUCGUAUAGCAUCUAAGCUUCACUCCCUGAUGGCUGAAGGGUUUCGAGGUGACACUAAGGAGAGAAAGCACGUGGUGACCUAGGAUUUGCAGGUUGAAAUCAUUUCCACGGGGUUUUCACCGUUCUAGUAUUCACGGUGAAGAUAGAGUAGGUUUAAAAUACUAGGUAUCGGCUGCUUUUGAAAGUACUGUCGCUGGAAGGGAUCUCGUGUCGUAAAGUCGGUCGGAAAUCGAUCUUUACAUCUUAAGUCGACCGCAAUUAGUAAUCUGACACCUUUUUAGACAAGGAUAAAGCUAAACUUUUCGUUCGGGACCGUACGAUAUCAGAAUUAGGAGGUUCAUAGUUCAAUAACUUUAUUCUUCUUAUGUAUCUUUGCACAUAAUUCUGUAGUGGAUGAAUCGAUUAUCAUAAAACUUUUUCGUUUCAACCAGUCAUCGUCAAGAGUUUUUGUUUCCAGUUUGGAAAAACCCCAGGUACUCGUAACGAAUCAUAUUUAGUGUUGGGGUCCCGAGGUGCAACGUGGGCAUGUAUCUUUAGAGCCGUGACAUCCUUGUCGUCCUAGGGAUCAGUUACUUGUGCCAAUAAAGUAAUAGCUGCUGUUUCGGUUUGUGACUUCUCAAGAUCCCUAACAGCGACUAUACCUGGGGACUUUAAAGAACAAACUACCCAUACCAGAGUCAUGCAUUUUGUUCCUGGCUAUUCGACUCGUAAAUUACAAAAGGUAAACUGUUUGAACCAAUGUUGUGCAUGUCUCUGAUACAAGUGACUUCUCCCGGAGAGUCGAAAGGUCGCAGCAACGAAAUAUGGGACAGUUUUUAGAUUGGCAUUUAGCGUGACAGUCAACGUGUCAAGUGGAUAACUUAAGAUUUAAUUGCUCCCCUUUCUCUCUGUUGUUUAAGUAGCGCAAAUUCAUACAAAAAGUUUUCUCUCGAGCAAGGUCUUCUUCAUUUCUCGAAUUCAUGGGAGUUUUGAAUUCGAAAUGUAAAUAUAGAGUUCAUAUUCAACGAUAGAUAUUUGAUAUUCUUCGUUUACCUUCUAACUAACUUUAAAUAUCGUCGAAUCGUAUAACGCAACGUUUUCUUUGUCGUGUCGUGCCUCGAAACCCUUUUCAUCGGAUAAUUAACGAUCUCAUGCAAUACCUUGCACACACACACACACACACAGCCGCGAUCGUGGGCUUUCAAACAAUUUUAUGCUUGCAGCGCUACAUGUUCUUCGGGUAAACACUAAUUACCUUCUAUUGUUCCGUAAUUCGUCAAUAGUUGAUCCGAAGUCAAUUUGAAUGAGUUACCAAGCGAAUUUGGGCGUAUAUAGUUCUAUUGGUAGAAUCGAAUGGGGGGAAUUUCAAUAACGUCUCGGAACAAUUGGUUAAUUAACCGAGAUUUUUCCAUGGCGAAUUAAUUUCUCGCGGCUUUCACGAAUUCACCGAGUAAUUUUCAUGAAAUUCGACCAAAUUACUCAACGAUUCUCCAUAGUGAAGCGUGUUAACCCUCGACGAUGUCCUUCAGGCUUCAGGUCAAUAUAAUCGCAAGAAAAGAAGUAGGAAGAACGACGAAUUGCAAAAUUUUCAAGAAACUAUUGACAAUUUGAAAUUUCUUCGCGCUUCGUUCAAUGAACAAUUAUAAUUCGAAGAUGUAAUUUAAACGAAAUUUGUCCACCUUGACCCUGCUAGUCGAGGGUUAAUAUCGUUAAAAAGUAACAAAAGCAUCGAAUGAUCGCAGCGUCAAUUUGUACGAAGGGAUUUACAAAAAUAAAAAUAAAACGCUCGCUCAAGCGCAAGCAGGAAACAUAGAUUUUACACAGUAAGCGAAAAAUAUUGAAUUAAAUGGGAAUCCGCGCCGAAUACGAUUGAAAGUCUUCGCUUGUCCGUGCACAGAUACGAAAAUAUACAACAUAUAUUUUUGUCUACACUGUUUGCUAGCGCGAAGAUCUAACCGAGACGACAGAUUCGUACGCGUAAAAAUCGUAUUCCGAUCGUUUUUACCGGUCUCUCGUGAUUUCGAGAACUUUGUAUUAUUAGACGAUAUAUACAUAAAUAUACGUAUACUACUAUUACAUAUAUAUAUUUAUUAUAUAUUACUACGGAGACAACAAACGCACCGUUAUGCUUUUAGGGAAAUAUUUUUCAUAUACUCGGAAUAUGUGUAUCGAUGCCAAUUGUUGAUCGUGAUAAUCAUUGAUAGAGAAUAUUACGCUGAUGAUGUUUGCGGUCGUGGUAUGGUUGAGAUUUAACUCUCGCGAGGAGGUCUUGGUCUACACAAGGUGUUCCAAAAAUGUUAUAACACCUUGAAAGGGGUGGUUCGGGAGGUGAUUUGAAACAACUUUUUCCUUAGCGAAAAUAUUGUCCGAGGCUUCGUUAAGGAGAUAUUAAGAGAAAACCUCGACCAAUCAGAGCGCAUAGUCUACGAUAUCGCGGGCCGCCCACCGGCAUAUGCGCGCUCUGAUUGGUCGGGGUUUUCUCUUAAUAUCUCCUUAACGAAACCUCGGACAAUAUUUUCGCUAAGGAAAAAGUUGU